AUGGUUCAUCUAGGUCCAAAGAAGCCACCUGUGAGAAAGGGGUCCAUGGUCGACGUCCCCAAGGAGUUGCUCGCCGCGCUCGGUGAGAUUGAACAAAGUUUCAACGUCGACGGGCCAACUUUGCAAGGUGUCGUGAAACACUUCAUCUCUGAGUUGAACAAAGGGUUGACCAAGAAAGGUGGGAACAUCCCCAUGAUCCCAGGGUGGGUCAUGGACUACCCUACCGGGAAGGAGAAGGGUGACUACUUGGCCAUCGACUUGGGUGGUACCAACUUGAGAGUCGUCCUCGUUAAACUGUCAGGAAACGGGACCUUCGACACCACCCAGUCCAAGUACAAGUUGCCCAAACACAUCAGAACGACUCAAAACCGUGACGAGUUGUUCUCCUUCAUUGCUCAAUCUUUGAAAGACUUCAUCGUCGAGACUUUCCCAGACGGUUGUAAGGAGAAUCUGCCAUUGGGGUUCACUUUCUCGUACCCUGCCUCCCAAACAAGGAUCAACAGCGGGGUCCUGCAAAGAUGGACCAAGGGGUUCGAUAUCCCUAACGUGGAGGGCCACGAUGUUGUGCCCUUGCUAAAGGAGCAAAUGGACAAGUUGAACUUGCCAAUUGACAUUGUCGCUGUCAUUAACGACACUACGGGUACUUUGGUCGCCUCUUUGUACACCGAUUUGGAGACUAAGAUGGGUGUCAUCUUCGGUACGGGUGUCAACGGUGCCUACUUCGAUGUCGUCAAGGACAUUGAGAAAUUGGAAGGCAAAUUGGCCGACGAUGUCCCACCUGAGUCCCCCAUGAUCAUCAACUGUGAGUACGGUUCCUUCGACAACGAACACGUCUCCCUGCCAAGAAACAAGUACGAUGUCAUCGUCGAUGAACAAUCUCCAAGACCUGGGCAACAGACUUUCGAAAAGAUGAGUUCCGGUUACUACUUGGGUGAAUUGUUGCGUUUGGCCCUGGUUGACUUGCACGGCCGUGGCUUGAUUCUAAAGGACCAAGAUGUCACCAAGUUGAACGAGGAGUACAUCAUGGACACUUCCUUCCCAUCCAAGAUCGAGGAGGACCCAUUCGAAAACUUGGAAAACACCCAAGAGUUGUUGUCCAAGGAGCUGGGUAUCGAAACCACCGUCCAGGAGAGGAAAUUGAUCAGACGGAUCAGUGAAGCCAUUGGUGCCAGAUCCGCUAGACUUUCAGUGUGUGGUAUCGCCGCCAUCUGCCAAAAGAGAGGUUACGAGACGGGCCACAUCGCCGCGGACGGGUCCGUGUGGAAGAUGUAUCCAAACUUCAAAGAGAAGGCCCACUUGGGGUUGAAGGACAUCUACGGGUGGACUGAAACGGAUCCAGCCAAGUUCCCAAUCAUCAUCGUCGACUCAGAGGAUGGAUCAGGUGCUGGUGCCGCCGUCAUUGCCGCUUUGACCGAACAAAGAUUGAAGGCCGGUAAGUCUGUCGGUUUGAAAUAA